AUGUUGGGUCUUCGCAAUAUUUUCAGACACUUUCAUCUCCGUCACAGUUCUUUCACGAUCAAGACUCAGGUACGAAACCUGAGUCUGUUGGAAUUUCAUGCGCACAAACUACUCAAGGAUUUUGAUAUUCCAGUGCCGCGUGGAUUUGUUGUCGAGACACCAGAGGAGGCCAGAAAAGUGGUCGCGAAUAUCAAUGCUCCGUCUGUCGUGAAAGCCCAAAUCCUUGCCGGUGGUCGUGGGAAGGGCAAAUAUGAAAGCGAUGGAAAAGGAGGAGUUCGCAUCAUGAGCUCAGCUAUCGAGGCCUUUGAGAAUGCAUCCAGAAUGAUCGGAUACUAUCUCGAAACCAAACAGACACCACCAGGCGGUCUGCUUGUUAAUAAAUUAUACAUCUACAAGGCCGUGGAUAUCGCGCAAGAAUACUACGUCGCAUUGACGUUUGACCGCGACCGUUCCAUGCCGGUGCUGUUGAUUUCCAACGUCGGAGGGGUGGAUAUCGAGUCCAACGCAGACAAAUUGGAGCAUUAUUGGUUCGACAUGACUCACGGAAUCACUGCGGAAAUAGUCGCCUACAUCCAAGCUCAGCUCGGAUUCUCAGACAAGGAGAUCAGCGUGAUCAGCCACAUCCUCCACCAGAUGGUCAAGCUCUUCCACGAAAAGGAUGCGACCCUUCUCGAACUCAAUCCACUCGUGCGAACCCCCCAAGGAGAGUUUAUCUGCCUUGAUGCCAAAUUGACGUUUGACAACUCGGCUCGGUUCCGCCAGCCGGACAUCUUCAGCCUCGAGGAGCGGUCGCCGGACGAGGAAGAUGAGUACGAGGCGUCGCAAGCGGGCCUGUCCUAUGUCCGACUGGAGGGGGACAUUGGAAAUCUCGUCAACGGCGCUGGCUUGGCGAUGGCGACCAAUGAUCUGGUGAGCUUCUAUGGGGGAAGAUGCGCAAACUUUCUCGACGUUGGCGGUGGUGCAACCAAAGAGACCUUAUUGAAAGCGUUUGAGAUUCUGAACCGAGAUACGAGAAUCCACGGCAUUUUGAUCAACAUCUACGGCGGUAUAUCUUCGGCCACAGGCGAUAUGAACGUUGAGAUUGAGUUGCUGACUUCAUCUGUAGGAAUUGUUCGAUGCGACAUGAUUGCCGAAUCCAUCAUCGCCGCCGCGAGACAGAUGGACGGCUUUAAAGUUCCAGUCGUGAUUCGCCUUCAGGGCACCAACUGCGACACAGGUCUUGAACUGAUUGGAAAAUCCGCGUUGAACAAUGUGAUCGUCGAGCCAGACUUUGAGGUUGCUGCGAAAAGGAUUGUCGAGGCCGCUAAAGUGACCCGCUAG